AUGAAAAGGAAUGUGGUGAACAUACCUCAUCCACAAAGGAAGCUCGUGCAAGAGCUUAAGACAAUUGAUGCUUUAAGGAAUCAAAUUCCUAUAUCACAGGGGGCACUCCCAAAACCUCAAGAUCAGUCGAGGUCCUACAUGGGUCCGUUGACCUGUUCCAAAUCUCGAGACAUUCUGGGGAUGAUUAUUCUAGAGCUAUCCGCUCUAAACUCAACCCGCUUGGACAAAUAUUUGAUAUGGAAUCCUCUUUAUGAUGAUCCCGUAUCUCAAACUCAAGAGAAUGAUUACAUAAUAUCCCAAGGGGCCAAACUUAUUGUGGGAGUAGAAAGCAUGCAAGUCAUGAUGAUUGGUACUUCUAAUACUGAGGAUCAAUUACCCUUAAUCCAAGAAAUGAUGUAA